CCUCACGUGAGCAGACUGUGCCCCACAUGGCUCCGGGCGCUGUCUGUGCCUGGGAGGCAGAUGCUGCUGGGGGCAGGGGCCCCGCGACCCACCCCCUGCAGAGGCCGGCUCCUUGUCCGGCUGUCUGGAAUGGCCGGGUGCCUGGGGUCAGGCCUUCCUGGAAAAGGCCCCGUCCGCUGAUUCCCUGAUGGCAACUCGGCCCUGCCGACUGUGGGCAGUGUCCUGGGAGUGUCCCAGCCCCUGCAGCACCCCACAGGUCAGCAGGCAGGGCCGGACCUGCCACCUCUGCCCUCACAGCUCCUGCCCAGGUGCUGAUGUGUUUUUCUCACCCCUUUAAUUAGACCCAGUUGCUGGGAGGUUGGGAGACCCAUUCUGGGCAAGGAAAGAGGGGUCCCUGGCGCCUGGGGAGCCAUUCUCUACCCUGUUUGGGGAUCAGGUCCCCUUGCGUCCUCUGUGAUGGAGGCGCAGAGGGGUGUGGAGGCCUGCAGUGCUGGUCCUUUGCCUGUUCUGACCCCGAAACCCCACCCCCGCUCUGAGGCAAGUGAAGAGGUAGGUGAGGUCAUUUGAUUCACACCCCUAUUCUGGGUGUGGGGAAGGCGGGGUGUCCUCCCUGCCUGGCAGAUGGCUGUGCUUGUUCCCUGGAGACCCAGAAGCACCUUGACAGAGGUAGCCUGGGGGAGGGGGGCAGUGCCCUGGGCCACCCCCACCCAGCAGAUGGGAAGAGGGGUGGGCCCCUCCCUGCCCCCUCCUGAACCCAAGCAGGAACCACCCCCAAGGCCACAGGCAGCUCUGGCCACUGCGGCAAGGGCCCCAGGGGCCGCACCUGGGCAGAGGCAGCUCCCGGGAGCCGCUUGAGAGCCAGCAGCGCAGCCACGGGGGGCCCCAGUUCCUCGCAGUUGUGGUGGGGAAACUGAGGAAGAGAGGUCCUGAGCAGAGGACCAGUGCGCAGAGUGCAGUGAGGGGCCGGGACUGGUGCACACCAGGACCCACUCCCAGGGCUGGGCUGGGACCAGAGGGUCAGAGGCUGUGGGCUGGCGGGGCCCAGUGCCAGGCUCCCCAGUGGGCAAGGGGCAGGAAAGCCCAGCCCAGAGCUGGCCACGGAGGACGGGCCAGUGCUGCCUCUGUGCAGCAGCAGGACAAGUCCCCAAGAAGGGGGAGCCGGGGGUACCGUGCGAACAUGCAGGAGUGUCCCCGACAGCCGGCACGGCCCCAGGAGGCCCUCCGAUGGCUGUGCUCGGGGGGUGCCGCCCUGGUGGGUGCGGGAGACAAGGCCCUGCUGGAGCUGACUCUGUUUCAGAACAAAGUUCUGGACGUGGACGGGACGAAGGUGAAGCUGCAGAUCUGGGACACCGCCGGCCAGGAGCGCUUCCGCAGCGUCACUCACGCCUAUUACCGCGACGCCCACGCGCUGCUGCUGCUCUACGAUGUCACCAGCAGGGCCUCCUUCGACAACACCAAGGUCAGUGGCAGACCCCUCCCCCUCGCGGCAGGCAGGUGGCAUGCAAUCAGGUUGCCUCCCUUUACCAGAGUGGGGUGGGUGUGGGCGCGCAGAGGGCCCCAGCUGGCCCACUGCCCCCAGGCCUGGCUGGCGGAGAUCCAGGAGCACGCCCAGCACGACGUGGUGCUCAUGCUGCUGGGGAACAAGGUGGACUCCAGCCAGGGUCGGGCAGUGAAGAGGGAGGAUGGAGAGAAGCUGGCCAGGGAAUACGGGCUGCCCUUCAUGGAGACCAGCGCCAAGACCGGCCUCAACGUGGACUUAGCCUUCACAGCCAUUGCAAAGGAACUGAAGCAGCGCUCCCUGAAGACGCCCAGCCAGCCUGACUUCCAGCUGCACGACUACAUCGAGAGGGCGGGCCGAGGGGGCUCCUGUUGCCGGCCCUGAGCCAGACCCAGACCGAGCUGCUGGGCGGCUGGGGCCCAGGGCCACACUCCCUGGCAGGCAUUGGUCAGAUGAGUGGGCUUCGGCGGCCAGCGGGUCCACCUUUCCCUGCCCCCCAGGGAAGGCCGCUGCCUGCACAGGAGGGGCCAACUGGCGACGCUGACCCUGCUGCACCUCAGCAGCCGGGUAGAGGCCUGGCACUUGUGCCCAACACCGGUACCCACCGUCGGGCACCGGCCCACACCCGCAGAGAAGUCCACAGAGCCUGCUCUGUGGGCGAGCCUGGCUGCCCACAGCUGGAGCCUGAGGGGCGGUCGGCCGGUGCGCACCACCCUCCGGCUGGCCGGCAGCUGAGCCGCAAGCCAGCCCUGGUGAAUAAAGUUUUCAGA